CUUCACGUAUUACUGAAAAAGUCUCUUCCGGUCAGUCUCAUGGAUUACCCGGCGGGCUCUGCUGACGAAGAAAUGGAACAACUAAUGGACUUGAUUCAUCGAGAAAUAUACGGAGACGAGUCAUCAUUCGAACAAGAAUUGGCUGACCUAAUGAGAAGCAAUCAAGAAACUAAGUCUCUUCCGGUCAGUCUCAUGGAUUACCCGGCGGGCUCUGCUGACGAAGAAAUGGAACAACUAAUGGACUUGAUUCAUCGAGAAAUAUACGGAGACGAGUCAUCAUUCGAACAAGAAUUGGCUGACCUAAUGAGAAGCAAUCAAGAAACUAAGCAUCUCGACUGCUCGUGUCUGGGUUUGGGUAACCUGACAGUAGCUAAGUCCUCAAGCCUCCUUCAGUUGGCAUGGCAGUUAGACACCAAAGAGAUUGCAAUGCCACCAAGUGAAAGGAUAAAGAACCUAUCGGUUACUCAACAAAUACGCCUGUACGAACAACGAUGCAAAACUUUUGGUCGUGUGAUCCUGGAACCAUCAGAAGCGAAAGAUUUUGAACUGGCGAAAUUGUUGUUGUGCAAGAAGAAGAAAUUAGAGGAAGCUAUUGGGCUACUCAGACAAGGUGAAUGUGUUAAGUACGUCCCUCGUCCACCAGUGCUGAAUGCAACUUUCAAAAAGCUCCUUCUGACUGAAGCUGAGCUGGCGGAUUCUUCGUUGACGAAAAUUGAGCUAGACAGUGUUAAAAGUGAAAGGAAUAUUUUUUUCCGCACCGACUUCAGUAGAAAUAUCUUCAACAUCGUCAUCGACAAUACGAUACCAGUGUUCAACGCUGCUAUAGUAUGUCACACUGGACGUCAUAAUAACUGGGAUAAUUUGACGGAUAAACGGAAUAUUCUUGCACGCACAUUGCAAAUGCAGCAGACGGAUUUGGAAGAUCUCUUGAAAUAUCUGCAGUGUUUCAGCCACGAAGAAAUUAGAAAAGAACUGUUUGAACUGAGCCUUUCGAACAAACGCAGUCUGGAAGAAAUCACCGAAGAACGGUGUGAUUUGAAUGAGCUGGAACCUCACUUUUGGAAUGCGUACAUACCAGAACUAAACAAGAACUUGUCACUGGGACCAGAUCAAUUACAGGUGGCAGUUACCUGGGUAAAACCGGAUUUGUCUCUCAGUUGUACAAAGGCGCCCAACCGGUUCAUUUUGAUUAAACUGAAUUACCCAGUUGAUGAGCCCCAAGAAAAAUCUCUGCCCGAUUUCACAAACGUCAAACAUUUACGAGCAGAUUACACCGUGUUGUUCUACCUUUUCCGAAAUGUCUCCCCAAUCACCAUAUCACAAAUGAAAUUGUUCAUUACAGUUUUGUAUGAACAGCUUCCUCACGCAUUUCAACAGAACGGUCUACGAGGUCUUUCUCAACUUCGUGUUGAACAAAAAGUCCCCGAUGAACCCAUAUCAUUCUUGAUUGGUAAAGUACAACAUAGCCAUUUGGGCAACCGAUGUUUCACAGUGAUGGCAUAUGUAACUAGUAUGCGACUAAGAAACGAGAUUUUAAAAAGAAUAACGGGAAUAGUCGUUGGGUUAGUCUUAGAGUCGCGCCAAAAACAAGGCCGACAAAUUGUCUUUGAUCUUCGAAAAUUGUCAAGGAACUGGGAAUAUUCAAAAUGCUCACGUCUGUUAUCAACAAUAGGGACGCCGUUCCCUCAUUAUUAUAGAGAAAUUUGUCAAAGCUAUUGUGGUGAGCGAAGGGAGCUGCAACUAAGUUACAAAUCUACCACGAUUAGUUUUGAAUACCGCUCACUGAAGCCAUGCGACAGCAACUACUUUGUUGGUUGUCGGCAUGGGGUUGUAAUCUGUCCCGGACAGAUUAUUGCUCCACUGCACUGGAAAAAGUGUACUUUGAUUGAAACCUUCUCAAACGCCGUGAAAGAUGAGAAGGAUACAGCCCCAAAUUUCUCAUCGAACGCUUGUGAAACCACUUUCGAAGACAUAGCACAGCAAGUUCAAAGUCAAAUAUACACCAAAAAUUUCAAAAGGAGAUUAAUUAAAAGAAAUCGCAGAGCGAUUAAGGCAUAUGAGGGUGAUUUUUGGACUGAGUGCACAUGCGAAGAAAUGCAGCAUUUUCACAUAAAGCAGAGGUCUACGAAAAUUCCCACUACUCUUCAUGAGACAGAGAUUUCGCUUAUGGAUUUGGACAGGCUUGCAACUUUACGCUUUGAAAUCGACACCAAGGAAUAUGGAUUCUUGGAGGUGUUGGUUCGUCGCCGAAAGCCGAUAAAUGGAGCGAAUUUCAUUCAGACCAAACGAACCUGGUUGACUUUAGUUCGACGGACAUACCAAAACUCUGAGACAACGCAACCUGAGGUCUUAUCGGGGGCACAGACUCCACAAUCCCAAAGUUUCAGCGAUAACUCGGGGACAUACCAAAUAUUUGCACCAAGAAAGGCACAUUCGUCAAGUCCACAGAAUCCAGCAGUCGAAAACCUUCAACACAAUGCGAUGCAUGUUCUGAAGGCAAACUCAGCAAGCCCUGUCGAAGAACUACCUCAGUUAGUCACACAACCCCAUGUAGAUCUGUCAUUGAACCAAGCAGAUACCUCGACUACUUUACACAAGUCACAGCCUCAAAACUCAAAACCUCCAGCAGUCAAUCACUGGAUUGAAUGCGCACCUUACGCAUCCAAUUGUACACGACUUUACAGUUAUCAGCUUCUAGAAAAACAAGCGGAUCGCCUAUUCAGAGCGCUCGGAGAUAGUGGCACGCCAGAAGAGGUUCGGCAGAGGAACCUUCAGGAAUUAAACUAUUUAACUGCGCAGAUAAAAGCACAUGAAGCACGUGUCUUGGCCCCAACGGGAACGUCUGAGAGAGAAAACUAUUUGAAACAGUUAUUCAAGUUCAAAACAACUUUAGAGGUGGCGAGUAAGACUGCCAGGAAUAACUUGCCACACCGAGUGGCAUUAGACUAUCAGCUGAAUGUAGUUAUCAAGGAACUGGAAAGUUUGGGGGUGAAAAUCACGUGA